UAAUCAUUUUUUUUUUCCUUCUAGUGAAUGGUAUUCAUUUUAAGUAUCAUAUCAUAUAGAGUAAUGAUUCUAUUAUGAGUACUACUUCAUAGCAAAAUGAAUCAUUCAGUGGGGAUAUGUUAGGUGGUGGUAGGUAGGUAGAGUAGAAGAAGAAAAUUUUCUUUAGUACUCUCAUCUCCAUAUCUACCAACCUCAUCAUCUGCUCUUCUUCCAAACUUAACCACUUCUUCAAAAACCCACUUCAUUUCCAGCUCAAUUAUAUUAAAGCUUUCAACUUUCUUAAACCCAUCUGUUUUGUUUUUCAUUUGAGUAACCCCAGUUAAUCAUAUCAAUGGCACAAGAAGUUGGAAAGCCAAAUGAAGAAGAGGUUGUUCUUGGAGAAGAAAUAGAUCAUGUGAGGUUAAUCACACUGAACCGACCCCGUCAAUUGAAUGUCAUCUCAUCAAGAGUGGUUUCUCUACUAGCAGAAUACUUGGAGAAGUGGGAAAAAGAUGACAAAGUAGAGCUUAUUUUAAUCAAGGGAGCAGGCAGAGCUUUUUCAGCUGGUGGAGAUCUGAAAAUGUUCUAUGAUGGCAGGACAGAAAAGGACUCUUGUUUGGAAGUGGUUUAUAGGAUGUACUGGCUUUGCUAUCAUAUUCAUACAUACAAGAAAACCCAGGUUGCUCUUGCUCAUGGAAUAUCAAUGGGUGGAGGUGCAUCAUUAAUGGUCCCAUUGAAAUUCUCAGUUGUCACAGAAAAAACUGUCUUUUCCACUCCAGAAGCAAGUAUUGGGUUUCAUACUGAUUGUGGCUUUUCCUACAUACAUUCUCGUCUCCCCGGAAACCUUGGUGAGUAUUUGGCCUUGACUGGAGCAAGGUUGAAUGGUAAAGAAUUGGUUGCAAUUGGUCUGGCAACUCAUUUCGUUCCUUCCGAGAAAAUACCUGAGCUAGAAAAGCGAUUGAUAAGCUUAAAUUCUGGCAAAGCUGAUGCAGUCAAAUCAGCAAUUGAAGAAUUUUCCGUGGAAGUUAAACUUGAUGAUGAAAGUGUUCUAAACAAGCAAUCUAUUAUUAAUGAAUGUUUUUCAAAGGAUACUGUGGCUGAGAUCAUACAAUCAUUUGAAGUAGAAUCCAAAAAAGAAGGAAAUGGGUGGAUAGGUCCUGUUCUAAAAGGGUUAAAAAGAUCGUCCCCGACUGGACUAAAUGUAACACUUAAAUCGAUUCGUGAAGGUAGAAAACAAUCACUCUCGGAAUGUUUGAAGAAGGAAUUUAGAUUAACAAUAAACAUAUUAAGAGCCACCAUAUCUAAUGAUGUGUAUGAGGGUAUCAGGGCUCUGACCAUUGACAAGGAUAAUUCUCCCAAGUGGUCUCCACCAUCUCUGGACAAAGUGGAUGAAGGAAAAGUUGACCUUAUAUUUCAGCAGUUUGAAGAAAAAUUAGAGCUUCAGAUUCCAGAAACAGAAGAAUGCAGGUGGGAUGGGAAAUAUGAGAAUUCAACCUAUGGCUUAUGUAAGACAACAAAAUGAGGAAUAAUCUUCAUCAACAACAUGAACUUGCUCAUCCAAGUUUAGCAUCUUGAAGGGCUGGUUUGUGUGUUUAUGUGACACUUUUUUCUUUAGCUCUUGUAGUGUCAAAAGGAAUCUAAGUCACAAAUCUUUAGCUUUGUAACUUUCUAGUAAAAUAAAUGCUCACUUCAGUACUAUUGGCUGAAGCAUAAAGAAGUGUGUCAUAUCAAAUAAAAUAAUGGUAUGUGGUGUUUGACAAAA